AUGUCUUUGUAUUUUUUCCGUGUUCAGCGCAUUAUUCCGGACGACUUUGAUGGUCUUUUUGAAUUCCUCGAUCUCACGCAAAUAUCCUAUUUGGCAUACAAUGGCCUCGCUCGGCCUAAACUUGACGGGACUACACCACGUCUAUGUACUUUUCCAGAGCUCCCCAAGUGGUACCAAGACAAUCCGCACAUCCAAACUGGAUAUCGUCCUGUAUCGAAUAGCUACCAGUCUUGUCUGCUCUCGCUCAGCUACCUCCACAAUGAGACUAUCAAUAUCUACACACAUUUCCUACCGGCGCUCAUCCUCGCACUAGUGCUUCCAACACUCCAAAUCCAAAUUUCAAGAAUCUAUCACGACACGACUUGGAUAGAUCGAUUCAUGCUGACCCUCUCCCCAAUGGCCGCGCUCUUCACCCUAACCCUAUCAACAACAUACCACACACUAAUGAACCACUCCGCAUUCAUAUCAGGAUCCUGUCUCCUUCUCGAUUACACUGGAAUCUUAGCUCUCAUUCUCGCAAGCUUCAUCUCCGGAAUCUAUGUCGGAUUCUACAACCACCCGUUCUACCAAAAAUUCUAUUGGACCAUGAUCACCGCGCUCAUAACAUUGUCGUGUCUCCUAGUCCUGCACCCGCGCCUCCAGGGUCCCCGCUAUCGGCCUCAUCGUACCACCGCGUUUAUUCUUACCGCAUUAUCGGGGUUUGCGCCGGUGAUUAAUGGCGUUGUAUUAUAUGGGUGGUAUGAUGCGUAUUACUAUCGAGGGGUGAAGUGGUGGUUGGCUGAGGGGCUUUGGUAUGGGAUUGGUGUGGCUUUUUUUGCUACGAGGUGGCCAGAGAGAAGGGGUGGCUUAAGUUGUUGGUUGCAGUUGUAG